GGGAUGUCGCGAGGGGGUUUAUCGAUAAGUGUUUCAUUAAGAUCAUAUCAGAGAAUACCAUCAAGGAAGUGUCAGCAUCUUAUUGUAAUCAUUUGUCUUGAAGCACGCAAAGAGGCAGUUGCUGUUUCUUAGCAGCAUCGGUGUGUAUUUGUGUACGAGAUUUUCUAAUCAAAGCUACUACUCCCGUUGCGGUUUCGUCGGAACGACCAUAGUUCUCCAGCCGAAUUCUCGAGCAGACUCAAAGGUUUCAAUAGGACGUUCUCGUGAAAACGACGCCUGAAGUCAAUAGUUGUGUAGCAAUGAACGAUUCAAGAUGGUGGUUGAGCUUCUAAAGCCCUGCUGAGACUGGAUGGUACGUGCGCAACGAGAAAUACAGUGGAUCACAUCCCCUCGAUCAAGACCUCUUGUGAAGCCGCUUCUUUGGGGUUCGUAGGAAAUGGACAUGGACAAUCAGUAGAGAUGAAUAUAAAGGUAAACGCGACGGAUAAAUGAUGAAUCGAUGACCUAUAAUCUCUCUGUUGCGUUUGUUCGUCGAGCAAGUCGCGACAGGUAAAGUAUCUCCGAGAACCCCGAAGUGAUACGAUGAUAGUGCAAUGAAAGGAUCUCAGGCCCGCUUGUAGUUCUUUGGAUUAAUAAAAGAGUAUCAACAAAGUGCGAUUACUGGGAUAUGCUGGUCGGUAAAUGUUACCACUAUUGGAGAUAAUCGUUUCGGGAGAGCUUGUCGUGAUGAUGUGGCCGUUGGCGCAACGAAGAAUCGCUUAGGCAUCCCUGAGAUUUUGACGGGGGUAACUCGAAAGAGACAACGAAGGGCUGGUGUGGAAUAGUCGAACAACGUACGUUUGAGUAGAACUUAAAAUGAUUGGUGGAAAUUUGUUAAUCAUCAAAUGCUACACUUUCUUGGACUCGUAUGGAUGAAUGGGUACCGGACAAAUGAAAGGCACUAGCGCGAGUUGUGAGCGUUGGCGACGUCAUAACAAAAGUCAUUGCGUGAACGCAAGCACGUUCAGGGAGCCACCGCAUUGCGUAGCCGGGCCGUCCGGCACUGGAAUAGAUACAGCACUAGAAUGACGUAGCUGGCCACCUAUCUUAGUGCCAGUAUCGUAUCUCAUCAACAAAUCCACUAGCUUAGUUGUUCAAAAUAAAGCACUGGUGUCACCCUUAAGGCUCCCAGGAGUCUUCUCUGAGCUUCUCUAAGUCUUCCCCAGCCCAACAGGCUACACUUUCCAACAACCGAAGGUCCUCAGACGGCAAGACGGGGCAUCACCUUCGGGCAGGACCGGUCACUGAAUCACAACUUAAUCGCAAAUUGUUAAAGUAGAUUUAAGUGAACAGACUAAAAUAUCAUCGUUAUACCUUGUUGUUCUGCUCAAUAUGGCGGUUGCAUUUCAAGAUGACUUCGAGACCGUACAAAGUCUUGCGGAGCAAAUGAUCUAUAAGGAGCCGUUUCGACCUCCGGAGCCGGUCGAGGACGGCGAACUUAUUGACAGUGACACUGAUGGCCUAAAUCACAGGCAAUAUAAGUCACCAUUAGAGUGCGGCUUUAAGCAGACAGAAGCGAAGCCGGCCAUCUUCUAUAAAAUACUUUGUGAUGAGGACAUUCGAAUAAGAGAACAAAUCCGCAUAGAGAAACGCCGACGGAUUGCCCAGGAGGUUUCAGUAUUCGUAAAGGCCGAACACCGGCCAAUCGUCAACGAACUGGAGCAGCAAAGGCGUCGCAUCCCCAACAAAAACGAAAUCGAAUUUAAAGAAAGACGCAUGCGGGAAGUGAUCUUUAACGAGCUCAAGGAUAUGUGGCGUAGUGGUCACUAUAUUGAUAGGCCGGAAAACGUGCAUCCCUUUAUCCGAGGUGACAGCGGUGAGUUUUCGGAAGAAAGAGCUCUCCGUAGACGAUUGUUUCGUGGAUGCUUUCGGGAAUUUGUCAAUGAUUGCCGAAACCCUACAAAACGUAAUAAUCUGGGUAUGAGCUACCCGACAUCCCCUUACGGUGACGGCCAUCAUCAUUAUCAUCAAUCGCGGAUUCCUGAUAGCCAUUUCCGUAACCGAGAGCGACAUCAUCAUGACUACCGACACGGGCCAGAUCGUUCUCGGAGCGUCCUAGAAAGCAUCACCUGGACUGCUGAAGAGGUCCGGCUCUACUACGAGUGCAUGGCAAAAUAUAACGUCCGGCCAGUCCUUCCUAUCAGACACACGCGCACGCAUGCGAUGCCGAACGUAAGCGACAAUAUGUCUUACCAAUCGCAGGAUGGCUUCGACAUAGCUUUCGCGGAGCAUUCUCGAAGAAGACAUUAUGGUAGGCCAUACAAAGGCCGUGAGCGGGAUUAUAGGUCAUCGCUUGAGCCUGAAAAUGGCUCAAAUCGGUUGAUUGCAUACCAUAAUGAAAGCGCUAGUCCCCAACCUGAAUCUUAUAGCACAUUACCCUUGACCCCUUCAACCAGUCAUGAUCCGACUCCGCCAAUUCGUGAUGACGCGUCCAACGAAAUGGUUGAUGCCACUGAUGAAUGCAAAGCCAUUCUUCAUUCACAGUCACCGCAACAUCUACCUGCUGAUCUCUCACCCACAAGUUCAGGGGUAGCGUCCACACCGCCAUUGAACAAAGAUAGCGCAACAAUUUUUGUCGAUGAACUUCAAGAGAACGCCAAUAGCGAACCUGCACAACCGACUAAUGGCGAAACUGGAGAAAUUGAUCUAUACGAUGAUCUAUAGCCUCUCGCCACAUGUGUGAUAUUAGGAUUGUUAAUGAGAUAUUCACUAUUUUACUGUUCGUAUAAUGCAAUAGAUAUUUACUUCAAAUGAUCGUACUGAGAGGA